CGCGCGUGCACGCUCGCGCCUCGGAGCAGGUGCGCCGAGGUGAAGCGUCGCGCGGAGCUCGGCUGUUUCCGUCGCGCCUCGGCAGCGGACCGCUGUGGACGUGGGAAUGCGGUUGCCGGAGGCUGUGGGCAUUGCCGGACACUCGGCGGAGAUGCGCGCACGGACGCAGCAGCGGUGAGCGGCUGGCUGGCGUCCAAGUUGUCGGGCUGUUCCGGGGAUGUUGGACGGGGGCCGCGCACGGCUGCGUGUCGCUCGGAAGCAGUGCAGCCGGCUGUUUUUCCCCCGCCGCUCGCUGCAGCGGGGAGCGGAUGAGAGCGGAGCGGAGGAGGAUUCCCCGGCACCAUGGAGCCACGCACUGCAGGCAGCUGUGAAAGGUGACAGCAACAUUAAAUGCAAAACAUCUGACCUUCAACUCUAACCAGAGGAGACAAAAUAAACCGCAUCAAGUCGUGGAGGUUGUGGACCGAGCAGCGGCAUCAUGUUCUACGGCUCCUCCUCCGGGGCCAGUAUGUCCCUGCCGUCCAAGAGCCGCCUGAAGCGGCAGAGCAGGACCUUCACCCAGGUCCUGUACCGCACUCUGAGCUACAGGGACCGCGUGGCGGCCGAGACCGGGACCAACACCCGCGGGGACCGCCGCGCCGCCACCGAGGCCCCGGAGCACCCGGCCGACGACCCCGCCGAGCUCUCCACGCAGAGCUCGGCCCCCGGCGUGCUCAAGAUCUUCGGGGACGAGAUCUGCGCCGGCGCCAACUACAAGAGCGUCCUGGCCACGCCGCGCUCCAGCGCCCAGGAGCUGGUGAAGGAGGCGCUGGAGCGCUACUCGCUCAACAAGGACGCCGCCCACUGCUACGUGCUGUGCGACGUGAUCGGGCGCCUGGAGGGGGGGGGCCCGGUCGGGGGCGGGGGGUGGAGGACCGAGUGCCUGCGGGCGCUGGGCGACAACGAGAAGCCGCUGCUGCUCCAGGAGCUGUGGAAGCCCAGAGAGGGCCACGCUCGCAGGUUUGAGCUGCGCCGGAGGGCGGAGGUGGAGGAGCUCAACGCCAAGGAGAAGGACACCAUCACUGCCGGGCCCAAGACCCCCCAAUUCCUGGCGGCUCUCAUGGGUUGGUCUGGGCUCGGCAAGCACAGGAGCUCCCCCCUGCGGUGCGGCCGCGUGGUACAGUGCAGCUCUAAAGACAUCAACGCCCAGGCCCGUAAGCUCCAGAGGAACAGGGCGAAGGGGACGCUGACCCUGCCCCGGUCCAGCAACUCGUCCUUCUGCCGCAGCCUCAGUGAGACCAGCCUCAACCAGUUGGGAGUGGGAGAGGAGCCCAAGCGUUAUUACUCCACCCUGCCGGGACCCGUGAGGGCGCGAGAGCGCGAGGCCUCCAGCGGCCGGAGGAAAGAGGAGGGGAGUCAGGGAGGAGGAGGAGGGGUGAGGCACUCGCUGUACCAGUCGCCUCAUCUGUUGCUGCUGCAGGGAUUCAAUCAGCAGGACUGCCUGGUGUACCUGCUCAACAGGGAGCAGCACACGGUGGGUCAGGAGACGCCGUCGGCCCGGCCCAACAUCUGCCUCUUCUCCCCCGACAUCCUGCCCCUGCACUGCCGGCUGCGCCGCGUGCCCGCGCCCCGUCGCCACGGCAACAGCAAGGCGGAGGAUCCGGAGAGCGCGCGCUCCUGCGUGGCGGUGGAGCCCGUGCUGCACGCCACCGUCCUGGUCAACUUCUCCCGCUGCGAGCGCUCCACCACGCUGCGGCACGGCGACCUCCUGUCCUUCGGCGCCCACUACAUCUUCCUGUACAAGGACCCCACGGGCGCCAAGCCCCUGCCGGCGCAGACGCUGGCCCGCCUGCGCACGCUGGGGCAGCUGUACGACGCGGGCGCGUCGGCGGAGGAGGCGGAGGGGGGGGCGCAGACCUGCAGGGUGUGCGGCUCGGUGCUGAAGGACAGGGCGGCGCAGGCGGCGAGCGUCCCGGCCGCCAGGCGCGGCUUCAAGCCGCACCUGGUGAAGCCGCGGGGGCGCGGGCCGGACGGGGGCGGGGGGCCACGGGGGGCGGGAGGAGGGGGGCAGAAGAGGAGGCUGCAGCUGGAGUUCGAGCAGGCGCACGAGGACCAGCUGCUGAACCGGAUCAUGUCGCUCAUAGAACCUGGAGGAGACGACCACAAGCUGACGCCAGCCUACCUGCUGUGUCUCUGCAUCCAGCACUCUGCCUCCUCCUUCCCACCUGGGAGCUUCGGGAAGCUGCUGCUCAAGAUCGUGCGGCGAAUUCAGAGCGUGGCGUGGGACAAGACAAAGGAGCUGGCUCAGAAGCAAGCUCAGCACCAGGACCCGGCCUCUCUGUCUCUGCUCAAUAUCUCAGACUUGGUCCCCGACUUGCAGACGAUCUUCUUCUGGAUGUCCAACUCCAUUGAAAUUCUCUACUUCAUACAGCAGAGAGCACCAGCGUACACACACAGCAUAGAGACGCUGCAAGGGUCAAAGGAGUCGCUGCUGUCUGCGACAAUAUCAGCCAAUGAGGAGGCGAUGACUAUCUUGGAAGAAGUGAUCAUGUACACUUUCCAGCAAUGCGUCUACUAUAUCACUAAGGCUCUGUAUGUGGUGUUACCUGCUUUGUUGGACUGUAAUCCGUUCCCGGUCGACAGCUCUGAGCCCUGCUGGAAAGGAGGUGUAGGAUUUCCUGAGCCUGUGCGUAAGGUGCUGCAGGUGUUUCAGAGCUCCCAGGAGCUUUUGCAGGGCUGCCAGGUUCACCCGGAGAUCCAGGCGCAGAUGUUCGCUUAUCUCUUCUUCUUCUCCAACGUGUCGCUCUUAAACCAGCUGCUGGACAAAGGUCCAUCUCGGGGCUGGUUCCAGCGGUCCAAGGUGCUGCAGAUUCAGGCCUGCUUACGGAUGGUCAUGGAGUGGGCCAGCAGGUCCGGUCUGGGACAUCUGGCCGACAAAUUCUUCACCAAACUCAACAGCACCGUGUCCAUACUGGCCUCGCCCCCACAGCAGCUCACACAGCUGAGUUGGCGAGCGCUGUCCAGCGAGCACCCGACCCUCAAACCAGUCCAGCUGCACAGGAUUCUCACCCAGUACCAGCUCACUGCGGAGAUCGGACCCGUCCCAGUGUGGCAGCCCAGCAGCGAGGACGAGGCCUACAUCUACAGAACAGUGGACCUCCUGGAGAGCUUCGAGAACCACCCUCCCAUUGUGCUGCCCAGCGCCGGCUUCAGAGUGGACCUGGACAGCGAGUGUGUGGAAGACAGCAUCUACAGGCAGCUGCUCUACGUCCGCCACUACCUGUGGGGGCUGCGCACCAAGACGCAAACGCACAGCAACGCCGGCGUGUCCACCACCGUGCACACGCACUCCAACGGAACCAACACGGCGGACUGGCCAGACAUUCAGAGGGAGUUGCUGCCUCCAGUCCACAGCAGUCCGCGCUCUGGGGACGACGUGGCGACAGAAGCAGCAGAGGAGAGGGGACGGGACCGACCCGCAGGCCAGUCGCACACGCACAGCCUCAGAAGGAACGGCACCGUGCACCACACACGCACGGCGAACCCCGACCCGUCCUGUCUGCUGACUCCUCCCAACACGCCCCUGUACCCGGACGGGGGGGGGGGCCCGGGUCCGGUCCCCGGCCUGAACCCCCAGACCAACGGAUGCACCAAUAGAACGGUGGCUGAAUGUAAAAAGACCAAUGGGCUCAUUGCCAACGGACUGGAAGGAUGUAUUAGUGGGUGUGAGUUUCCUUUCCCUGUGUCCUCCCCUGGAGCCCCUCCCCUCCCUGAUGACUUGUGUGUGGUGUUUGUAGUGGAACUGGACAAGGGGCCCUACGGACUUGGCAUGGGACUUAUUGAUGGUCUGCACACUCCUCUCAACGCUCCAGGUAUUUACAUCCGGACUCUGAUCCCCGACGGUCCGGCUGCAUCAGAUGGCAGGUUGAGAAUUGGGGAUCGGAUCCUGGCAGUGAACGGGACCAGCCUGAUUGGAGCAGACUACCAGAGCGCGGUGGAUCUGAUUCGUCUGGGAGGAGGACGACUGCGUUUCCUCGUAGCCAAGUCCGACCCAGAGGUGUCGGAAAAGAUCAGUGCCUCCUCCUGCUGACCACUUCCAUUUCCCAGAGACAUGCACGCCAUUAUACAAACUACACAAGAGGUGUGUGUGCACAAAAACACAUUUGUACGUGAAAUAUGAACGUGGAAGUGGGAAAGCACAAAGCCAGUCAAACUAGAGAAUUGAGUCUCCUGAACGGCCAGACCCGCUUCCCACACGCCGACUCCUGCAGUGUCCAUGUGAGGCACGGAGUCUGUAACAAACCACGACAUCAAAGGAAUACGCUGCAAGGAACGUUACCUAAUUAAUCAGUGUUUGGGGGGACGAGUUCUGAGCAGCCAGACUGAUGUGGUACAAAAGCACAGAGCCUCAGCAUGUGUCUGGUACAUUUGGACUUUUUUCCCACUUGUACUUGAUAAUAAUUUGUAUUAGUAAUUCAGGCAUUCAAUAGCAUGGAAGAGUAGCUCACAAAAGGACUGAAAGUGUUGGACACAAACUAAAAAGACUAAAAGGAGUUUUUCAUGUAAAGGUCGUCAAGACAACAUUCUCUGCUCCACAUUUUAUGAUGUACAAUAUAACGCUGUAUGUAUCUGUUUAAGAGAUGUAAAUAAAUGUUUGUAAAUAUUUAAUAUUUGGUUACAUAACAUUUGGACAUUUGGGGAACUAGCCACUUUUUUCUGAGAUAUUUAUCGGUAAUUAGUGAAGCAGAACAGACAGAAGAGAAAUAGUUGUGUAAUUUUUCUAAUCAUUAAUUUAUUACACCCAUGUGGUUUGCUGAUAAACUGUACAACACUGUGCACACAAGUUGUCCUGUUGUGCACUUCAGGUGCAGUUUGGUCAAUUUUAAUUCAUCUGCCCCAAGAUUUCUGGUUGAUGAGAUUCAAGCUAGAUGUUCAGCCGUAUAACUGGAUACUCUGGUUUUCUCAACUAUCUGGUUUAUUUACAUGGCUUGACAGCAUGUAAUAUAAAUGUGUCUAAUUCACUGCAGCAGAAAGUGUCAGUCACUUCUACAUCAGCUGCUUUCUUCUCGGACCUCAGCUCUGUGACACUAAUGUCAUCACUACAGCACAACCAGCAGUGACCUCUUCCUGAAAAGGGGAAAAAAGAAACCUAGACAGCGCAACAUCCGGAGACUCUCUCCGAGAAAGAACCUGUGGCCAUAUUUACCAGACAUCAGAUUAAAACACUGUAAUUAUACGGACACUUUUUUUUUACCUGAGUUUAAAUUUCCAAAUUAUUUCUGUAAUGUAAAUUUCUGUCUGUCUUGGUUCUUUAGAUUAAGCCGCUGUCCGCUACUUUGCAGUAAUAUUUAGUUUUUGUAUGAUUGGAGGAUUGUAUGACAUUGAUCUCCAGCAUGUCUGUUCUUCUCUGGUCAUUAGACGUUUAAAAUGAUUAUACUUCAGAAUAAAGUUUGACUGCUGCAUUUUA